UCUAUCUUCACUCGUGUUUUGUUUGGUUGACAUAUAGAAUAAGACAUAGAUAUAAAGUAUUCGUGUCUAUAUAUUGUGUUUGGCAAAAAUAAUGAAUAAAAUACACAAAUAUUUAGAAAAGAUAUAAUUAUCCUUCAUUCAACAAGAAGUUCUACCACCACUGUACACCUAUUAUCCCAAACAUUGCAUGUCAUCACCAUUGAACUUUUAUUUCUUUUAGUCUUUUUUGUUUCUUUCAUUAUCAUCUCAAAUUAUCAUUCAAAUAUACAAUUUUUUUAAAAAAAUAGAAAACUAAAGCUCAAAAUUUAUCGAAAGAGACAAAUCAAGAGAAAGGAGAGAAAGAGCAUAUCUAGAAGGUGGAAUUUGGAUAUAGAAAGUGUAGAGAAGAGACAGGAUGAAUCUGAAAGAAGGGGAGUACAGUGAGGCAGCCUCGACGGCGACAAUAAAGCAGAACGUAGAGGAAUGCGCGUCCAUAAAUAGGCGGAGUAAUGUGGCGGUGAAUGAUAAAUCAGACGGCAAUGUCAAAGAGAGAGGAAGAGACGACAAUUGAGUUUCCAUUGAUGAUGGUUGAAGAAGGCAGAAGGAGGAGGAUUGCAACCAAUGAGAAAGAAAGAGGUGGUUGUAGAAUCUAAAAGAGGAAGAGGAAAAAAGAAGAUUCAGGAAAAUAGGAGGACACAUUUUAGAAAUUUAAAAACUGAAUAAGGGUAAAAGAGUAAAAAAUUAGUAUCUCACAAGUUGUGCCUCACCAAAUUCGAGGUACACAAAUUUAAUAUUUAUGUGUCCAUUCGUGUCUUUCGAAAAUCUAUAUCUCACCAAAUAAAUAGCAGACGUGUCACCGUGUCUAUAUCUGAUUGAGACAUCAACCAAAUGCUUGCUCAAAGACAUUAACAUCAUCAUCGAAAGGAGCCUGGACGUCAACAUCUCUUUCUUUGCUUCCUUUUUCCACUUAGGAAGCAUUCCUAGGUUAUUUUGCUUCAUGCUUGGGUAGCAUUUGUUCCAAAGCAGGAGUGCUCCGUAAUUUCUAUAGUUGUUCGACGAUAGAAGAUUUUUAUCAUUUGUCAGUAGUCGAGAGUAUUUCUAGCCACUUCACUACAUGUGGUAUCUACCAAGAUCCACACUUGCUUUCGAACAGAACAGAAUUGGUGAGGACAGUAGCUAGCAAGGUAGUGGCUGACGCGGUGGAAUAGAACUGGCGCUGGCAGAAAGUGACUUUGCGAUGGAGGAAAAAGGCGAGACUGGCGAUGGUGGUUUCGAUUUUCGAAGUUCUAACGGCGGUGGCUGGACGAAAGUUGUGCCAAUGACUUCGAACUCGAAAUUGCGACGACGGCGAUGGCUAGACGGAAGUUGCAUUGGUGGCUUUGAUGACGAUGAGAGGAAGAAGGAUUGGAGAAGCUCGAGGGAGUGCUGGAACUGGGAGUUGCGCGUUUGUGGACUGUGGAGUCGUGGAGAGAAUUCCCUCCCAGUCAACAGAGGACAACUCGACAUUUCAGACAAACUCAUGGGGAAGUACUGCACCCUCGAGGCACGUGACCUACUUUUUGAGGGCACUACGACAAAACCCCAAUUCAAUUUUAAAAACCGAACAGUAGUGAAAAGUAGUGAUCGAAGAAGGAGAGUUGAGUGAUGAGAAUGGAGAAGCAAAGGAAUGGUGUGAGAUUGGUGCUUCUCCCUUUGCCCUUUCAAGGCCACAUAAACCCUAUGCUUCAUCUUGCAAACAUUCUCUAUUCAAAGGGUUUCUCCAUAACCAUUAUCCACACAACUUUCAACUCUCCAAACCCCCUCAACUACCCUCACUUCACCUUCUGCCCAAUCCAAGAUGGAAUCACUACCCAAAGUGAUGAUUCCUCUUCUUUGAAUCUCUUGCAUCUUAUUAUUCUUCUCAACAUCAGGUGUGUCACACCUUUUAGGGACAUGUUGGCUAAGGUAAUAUCCGAUGCAAGAGAUAAUAAGGAGCAUGUUGCAUGCUUGAUCUCAGAUGGUUUAUUUUAUUUCACUCAAGGUGUUUCCAACACUUUUGAGCUUCCAAGGAUUGCCUUGAGAGAGGGUGGAGCAUCUUCAUUUGUUCCUUUUGUCUUAUUUCCACUUCUAAUAGACAGAGGCUACAUCCCCAUACAAGACUCUCAAUUGGAAGAAACAGUGACAGAGAUUCCACCACUGAAAGUAAAAGAUUUGCCAUUGAUCGACACCAAAGAACCUGAAAAAUACUACAAAGAAUUAUCCAACCUCGUUGAAGGUACCAAAGCAUCUUGUGGAGUGAUUUGGAACUCCUUCGAGGACUUAGAAUCAUCACCAUUAUCAUAUCUCCGCCAAGAAUUUCAAAUCCCAUUUUUUCCAAUAGGCCCUUUCCACAAAUAUUCGUCCUCGUCUUUGUCUUCGUCUUCGUCUUCGUCCUCGUUGUUAACUCAGGACCAAAGCUGCAUUUCCUGGCUAGACAGACACAAACCAAAUUCCGUCAUUUACGUGAGUUUUGGCAGCCUCGCUGCGAUAACCGCCGCAAAAUUCUUGGAGAUAGCUUGGGGAUUAGCCUCCAGCAUGCACCCAUUUCUAUGGGUGAUCCGAAAGGGAAUGGUUAUUGACGAUGGCAAAGAGUGUCUAGAUCCGCCAUUUCCAGCCGGAUUCAUUGACAAUCUUGAAGGAAGAGGGUACAUUGUGAAAUGGGCACCACAACAAGAAGUUCUUGCUCACAAGGCUGUUGGUGCGUUUUGGACACACUGCGGUUGGAACUCAACGUUGGAGAGCAUUUGUGAAGGUGUUCCCAUGAUUUGCAUGCCGUUUUUUACGGAUCAGAAGGUGAAUGCAAGGUAUGUGAGUAGUGUUUGGAAGAUUGGGGUGCAGUUUGAGGGAGAAGUGAAGAGAGAGGAGGUAGUGAAGAUGAUUAGGGGUUUGAUUGAAGGGAAUAAUAAGGAAGGGUCGCAGAUUAGAGAGAGGGUUUUGGAUUUGAAGGAAAAGGCUAGAGUUUCUUGGAAUCAUGGUGGUUCUUCGUAUACUUACUUGGACGCUUUGGUUAAUUUCAUUUUGUCAUUUGAACCAAAACGGUAGGUUCUGUUAGGAAACAUUAAGAAAGGAUCAUUAAUGAUGCUCUUGUUAGAUUUAUUGACAAUUCGAUUCAUCAAAUGUU